UGGGGGGGGGGGGGGUGUGUGACCUGACAGCGCUGUGGCCAAGGUCCACAGCGGCGAGAAGUCACAGUGACGGUAUGCACCCGACGGCCGGUUGUGAGGGCAGGUCAGAGAAGUGUCUGUCGGGGACAGCUGACCUGCACGUCACACCACGGCAGGUCCUCAGACAGCGGGGCCUCUGGGCUUGCGACGGCCACACGUGCCACGGGGUCUCGGCACAGAGAAGGGGUGCUGGGGGAAACUGAGGAGAUCUGAAUAGACUAUGGACUUUACUUAAUUAAAUAAAUCAUUAUUAAUAGGACUUUGUCAGCAUCUGGUCCUUAAUUAGCGAGUGUUGUCAUGCACGGAGCGCAUUCUUAGUAGGGAAACUGAGUCCUUGAUUUGUCUGUAAAUGAAAAACUCACCGGAAAUUCAAGUUGGUGAAAAAUGAGGGAUUUAAAAGGUAAACACAAAGAUGAAGUUAACAUUGCCCAAGCCCCUCCCCACAGGAUGGCCGUUUGCUGCGUGUUUUCCCGAACCGCACCAUCUAGGUGCCUUGUGAGCACCAGGGGCCGUGGCUGUGCGCGGAGAGGCCACGGCCGGCUGCCUGCUGCUCGGAGCGUGAACUCGGCCCUUGCAGUGAGGCCCGGGCACACACACGGAAAAACGAAGGGGCCGGAGACAUGGGGGAGUUGCCGAUGGCUCUGCUGUGGCCUCGGGAGAAGUCCCCAGGGGCUCUCCCAGGGCCCCUCCACCUGGAUGCGGGCGGCUGCAGAAGCCGUGGACGCACCAGCGGCAGUGCUGGAAUGUUCCUGGCUCAACGGUGGGUUUUCAGGUUUAAAAUCUAUUCUGAAUACUUAAUAAAUGACACCAACGUUUUUAUCUCGUCCGCUCGGUGAGGUCAGGAUCGAACUGGUCGUGGUUCAUACUUUCUUUGAAGCUGCUCCUGAGCUCUCCCCCCCCACUCCGUCUCCCAGCAAGAAGCAGGACCGCAAGCCUGAGGGGACCAUGAGGGACAUUGUGGGUGGCACCCGGCCAGUUCUUAUAAGACUCCUGGUUCCUUCUGCAGAGAGUCAAGAAGGACGUGGACAGAGGCAUGCAGCAUUCCGACAUGUUCCUGCUGCAGCCUGUGGACGGAAGGGAAGGCAAGUGGGGAUGGACUCGUCUUAACCCUGCGGGGGACAAGCCCACUCCGAGGUCUGGCUUUUCGGUGGCUGUGACCCCGAACCAUCAGACGCUGCUGUUCGGGGGGGUAUGUGACGAGGAGGAGGAGGAGAGCCUGGAGGGGGAUUUCCUCAACGACCUGCACCUCUACGACGCCACCAGGAACCGCUGGUUUGCGGGGCAGCUGAAGCAGGACGUGAUGGGCCAGUUGGAAGGAACGGCCAUGCCUAGGUCAGCCGUGUAG